AUGUCUAAAAUAAUUCAGCCUGUGAGGACCAAACCAGAGGAUGUGAAGGCUAUCAAAUGGGUGGAUGUUCAAAGUCUGACCUCUCAAUCUGCCUGGAAUAAUGAAGAACCACCAACAUGGUGA